AUGUCAUGUUUAUUUACGUUCACAAGUCAAUCACACGCAAAAUCGCAAUAGUCAUUACGCACAAAAGCAAAAAUUCCAGUGUGAUGGUCUUUACAAAGGUCUGAAGAUGUUGUGGUAUCUGCCAUGGUCUGAGAGCAUCAAGAAGCGCGCCUGCAGGUACCUGCUCCAGCGAUAUCUCGGCAACUUCCUUGAGGAGAAGCUCACAUUGGAUCAGCUGAGCGUCGAUUUGUACAAUGGAACUGGUACCGUUUCGGACGUUAGCCUUGACUGUGAGGCACUCAACGACCUGGGGGAUGCACAGAACUGGCCGUUGGAGAUAGUAGACGGUCACAUGCAGGAGAUAACAGUGACCAUACCAUGGUCUACUCUCCUCAAGGAUGACUCAAUUGUCGAAGUAAAUGGCCUGUCCCUUACGGUGCAGCCUAAAGUACGAGCGGAGCCAGCUUCGUCAAUGCUGGAGUCGAUGUGGUCGUCCAUGUCAUCGUCCAUGCAGCUAGCUGAGGAGUGUCUCCGUGAAGAGGACGGCCCUCAGGAGUCACAUCCAGUUGAGGGCAUUGAGAUGUUUGCACAUGCUAUAGAUUCAAUUCUUAGCAGGGUCAAAGUGAAAUUCGUCAACACAAAAAUAAGAAUAGAACAUGUUCCUAAAAACUGUGAAAGAGGCAUCGCACUAGAGAUUCAUAUACAAAAUAUCGACUACUUCGACGAAGCGGGCAACGAACCGACACCAGACGUGACAGAACCAGAGAAAACAAAAACAUACAUUGUCGCCACAUACACAAACAAAAAGAUCAAAUUCCAUGGCGUCACAUUAUACACGGACGAGUUUCCGUCCAAACUGCGAACGAUGGCGAGAAGUCUUAUCAUGGAGAAAUCCACAACCUCGCAAGCGGAAAAGACUGAAUCCUCCCAAAUUGAAAUGGCUGAGGUGAAUUACCAAAGUGCAAUGUCGGAUGUGUUCUAUGAAACUAGGAGCGUUAUAUCGACUAUUGAACCUGAUCCUAUUAAGGAAGUGAUUGAUGAGAAACCUCCAACGGAGUUUUUUAGAGAGGCUACCCCAGAGGAGCGAGCGAUCCAACCGGAUCCUAUACUAUUUGCUAAGCUAACUGGGCAGCAGGAGUUAGCACUGAAGAUUAAACAUACAGAGGAAGCGGAAGGGCCAAAAGUGGAAGUGAAGAUGUUGCUCGGGUCCUUCAUAUUCUUCAUAUCGCCGCGGCAGCUGCACACGUUGAUUGAACUGGUGAACGCCCUGAAUCAACCACACCUAGAAGACACCAGCAACAUCCCCCUCCGUCCGACCGGUCAGAACAUGCAGUGCAAGCCGAUGAAGCGCGCAGACUUCCAGCUCAUAGAGGCGCAGUUGCUAGGCAACCUGGAGAAGGAAACCUCGCGCCCCGCAGGCAUGUACGGCUGGUCCGGUCCCAACUUUGAAGACAGCGACGCAGAGAGCGAGAGGUUCCACCCGAUGACGUCAGCGGGCCAGCAGAUGGGCGAGAGCUUCUGCUCGUCUGUGAGCUCCAUGAACACCAGCAUGACGUCCAGCACGAACGCGCCCUCGCAGACGCGGAUCAAGCGGAACAAGAAAGUGCCCCAUAUAGAAGGCGAUCCGACAGCAGAAGUGUCACAUAUCAGCUUCAGAAUAGCUUCGCUAUCCUGCGUUCUGCUGCACAAGGAUAUCCUAGCAACCACGCCAAUGGGUGCAGACUGCAUAUCCCCAUCCAGCGCAUACCGCAUGCAGGAGACUUCUAGAAACUUCUUCGACAACCUGCUGCCGUACUGCAUCAGCGAGGGAGGGGGGAAGGAGUUCCAGGCUGCUAACGACGCCCUGGACAAGGCUACCGGGAUGAACCACUUGAGACUAAUAACGUCAGAGAUGUCACUAGACGGCAGCGAGAAGUUGACGUCACACGGCAGCCAGACCGUCUGCGAAGCCUCCAUCAAACACCUGCUGGUCAGGGAAACUUUGUACGCGCCGAUAGAAGACGGCAAGCCGGAGAGCUUCGACCUAAUACGGUUCGAGUCUAAUGAAGACGAUGAGAACAAGCGAUCCGCGCCACGAGCAAACGUCAGGAUCAACUUCAAGCAGACAUCCAAAUACAUGCGGAUAUCUGGAGAGAAGAAACUCCUGUAUCCCACUACGGACAUUACGGUAAAGUGCACGCCGCUGGUGCUGGACGUGGAGCUGACGGUGCUAGACCGCAUGUGCGCGACGUUCUUCAACGGGCCGCCGGCGCGUACGUCCCACGCGCCGCCGCCGCCCCAGAACCAGCUCAACUUCUCGCUGCUCUGCCCCGAACUGAAGGCCGUACUCAGGUUCCCCAUAGCAGACCUGCGUGCCGGCAUCACCCGUGAGACCCGGCGCGUGAGACCAGACUACCUGGUGUUCCAGUUCAAGAACACCACAUUCAGCUCACAACAGACUCCGAGCGCCAGGCCCCUGCCCACCGUGGUCACUUUGAAGGCUACCUCUCUGGACUUGUACUAUCAUGAAAAUGAUGAGUUGCCCGCUACCCACAUAGCUAGGAGUGCGAUGGCGGACCCAAUGGAAAGUGACGUGCUCAAGGGCAACGUCAUCGGAUCCUUGCCUACGAUCUCAAUAACAUUCCAACCGAAAAAGUCAAACAAGGGCCCGUUCGACCAGUUGGACGACGAACCAACCUUCGAGCCGGCGUCUGUCAACCCGAUGACAACCUCCAUGUACAUCAUGAACAACCUGCAGAGCUCGCAGCCCAGCCCGUUCAGCGGCAAGAAGACUGCUCACCAGAGCUUCACGCAGCAUGAGAAUAGUCCGCAAGGUCAAGAGGAAGAGUUAAUAGUACCAGGAAAUGAGGAAGAGAUGGCGGAGUUUACCAGCAGCUCGGUGGAACGUUCGGCUAUACACCUCGACUUCAACUUGCCCGUACUGAGCUUACAACUAGAAUCAAAGCAGCUAUACGAGAUAAUCUACAAUCGAAUCAACUCCGAUCUGUUGCUGUGGGAGCCACAGAUCAUAGAUCAGUUCGAAAUCAGUCCACUCAUGAGUGGCACCAUUUACCCCGCCUUUGGAAUGUGCAAAGGCAGUGGAUAUGAGUCAGAAUCGGAGUCCUCGUCAUCUGAGGAAGAGAACCUCUACUACUCGACGUACGACAACAAGCUGAAAAAGGGUCUUGCCGCUAAGUCUGUCCCGGAGAAGAAGGACGAACAUAACUUCUGUCUCACUAUGAAAGUUGGGAAGGGAUUGCUGACUAUCUACGCUCCUGUUAGGGACAGCAACAAACGCGUGGUCCCAGGUCAGAUGGGCGAGCUGGUCCUGGAAGCACACAAGCUGUCCAUGUGUCAGGUUAGCGGGCUGUACGGACGCCCGAAGACCGCCCAGCUGUGUCUGCGCGCUGGAAAGACCACGCUGUACCACGACUCUCUUAUAACAAUCCCGUCUGAGAAGCCGUCCCUCCGAUUAUACGGCACGGCUCUGCCAACCAAUCUGAAGAGCACCAUCUACCCGUCGGGCAAGGGAGUUGCCGUGAAGGAGCGACUCGCUACCAAAGACAUGUUCUCUCUCGCUCUCAGGGUCGACCCGGACAAUGAAACGCCUAGCUUGAAGACAAUCUGCAUAGCUCUGGGCAUAGAGCAAGCGACGCUCCGCCACAGAGGCGACAAGGGCAUCGCGUGGCUCACACAGCUGAUGGACGUAAUCGACGUUCUGGACUACCCCGUGCCCGGGUACACACCCUCCACCGUGCUCUCCGAGCUGCACGUGCAUCUAUGGGACUGCGCUAUUGAUUACAGGCCGCUCUACCUACCAAUCCGAACAGUCAUCACUCUUGGCAACUUCACGGUUUCAAGCAACCUGAUCGCUGCUACAAACACCUCCUGCCUCCGCUUCUUAGCUCAGGAGUGCACACUGUUCCUGUCUCAUCUGCAAGGCACUAAGUCCAACACGACGGUACCCCAGGAUGACGACAAACUGCCCGAUGUUCAUAAGGACUAUAUCUGCGUGGUCGAUGUUGGGUUGUUUGAGCUGUCCCUUAGGAUGGAGGAUAAAGCUACUUGUACAAACGAACAACCGCAAGUGGACCUAAGCGCGUCCAACAACAUGGUGACGCUGUACACAUGUUGGGACUCCGCGUCGGCGCUGUGUCGCCUGCUGACGUACGUGGCCUCGGACGGGGAUUCCCAGCCGCCGUACGACCCCGCCUCCAGGCACACUAGUAUCUGUGAGGAGCCGCCCCUGGAACCCCUAGUGGGCCUGGAAGAUCGACCAGUCGAAGAAAUAAGAGAACUUUCCCCAAGCGAAAUUCAACAGGUUAACGACCUUAUGGCUGAGGCUUUGAAAGAGAGCCCUAACAACACAUUGGACGAAGACGAACUAAACAGCUCAACAGAGAAAGAAGGGGUAGAGAUAUUCUUCUUUCCAGACGAGUCUAACAUGAGACGUCGUCAAACGUCUUCAGAAGCGAUAGAUACGGCAGGUGACGUGGACAAACUGGUAGAUUUCGAUGACUCUGGCAGGGCCACUGAGGAGGAGUCCAAGCCUACUAAUGCUCAAGUGGCUAAAGAUCUAGGAGACCUGACUUCGACUCCUAAAGCUUCACCAAGGAAACCGAAGAGGAAGAAGCAGAAAUCAAGCGGCGACGGCAGCAAUACGGACGACGAGUAUUGCAUCAUAGACACACAGCCACACUCGAACCUGGACAACGACCUGGACGAGCCUGUGGUGAACUGGAUCGGCCCCGGCCCCGUGUAUAUGUUCGACAACCAUUUCACUGUGCCUGCCGCAAGGACAGACGUCUUGAAGGCGCCUAAGAGCUUCCCACUGCCUAUGCUUAGAUAUACCUUAUGUGAGAUGAGCAUAACAUGGAACAUGUUCGGCGGCACGGACUUCAAGCCGACUGCCGAUUCGGCGCCCGACAAGAAACGUGUCACCAUUGAAAGUGACGCAAGGAAGCAAGCCUCCCCUAGUGCCAAACACAAAGAAUACGAGCCGUACGAGUCGGGGCGCGCGUUGACAGCGGCGUACAGGCAGGGGGUCAGCUGGUCCGCGGGAUCGGAGCGGGUGAGGCCCGGUCCUCGUGCUCCGCCCAAGUCGCGCGACCUGCGUACCAGAGGCGGACCACUGAGAGACCACCACACUUGUGUCAAGCUGUGUCUUAGCAAGUUGAAGUUCCAACACGAAGUGUACCCCCAGGGCGGCACGCACGCGUCUCGGCAGACGCUGGCUGUCAGCAAGAUAGAAGUGCUGGACAGGCUGGUCUGCAGUGACAUCAACAAGCUGCUCAGCCAGUACAAACUCAAGGAUGAACCGGAGAGGAAGAAUGCGCAUAUGCUGAUAGUAAAAGCGGUACACCUUCGUCCGCUCGCGUCGCUCAGCGCCCAGGAGUGUUGUCUGAAGGUGGCUCUACUGCCGCUGCGGUUCAACCUGGAUCAGGACACGCUGGCGUUCCUCGUCGGAUUCUUCUCCAAACUCGGCACUGACGAGUCUAAUGACGACGACACAAAGAGCGUGGGCGGGCUAUCCACCGAGUCGAGCGGGUCCCGGCAGACCACGCCCACACACCGCGUGCCCGUCAUGAGCAUCGCGCCGCACCUGCGCGACCCACCGCCCACGCCCACCUCGCUGGGCGACGCCGACGCUCUGUCACUGAACGAUGCUGUGAUCCGCGACGAAGAACCUUUAAUGGAGACAUACGAAGCCGAGCGGCUGGUGUCAGAGAACCUGAUCCAGCUGGAGGAAGACUUCCACCGUCUCGGCAUCAGCCAGGAGAAGCCGUAUGAGAAAGCCAAGCUGCCCGACAAUGAGCCGAUAGAUGACUCGCCCAUUUACUUCAGAAGAGUAGUAUUCUCCCCGGAGGUGCCGAUCCGGCUGGACUACGUGGGAAAGCGCGUGGACCUGUCAGCAGGUCCCGUCGCAGGCUUACUAAUGGGGCUCGGACAACUCAACUGUUCUGAACUCACACUCAAACGACUUGACUAUCGGCUGGGUCUCCUUGGGCUAGAGAAGCUGGUGCAAUGGGCGUUGCACGAGUGGCUGUCAGACAUCAAGCGGCACCAGCUGCCGGGGCUGCUCAGCGGCAUCGGACCCAUGCACUCUCUGCUGCAACUCAUAACCGGCAUCAGGGACCUGGUUUGGUUACCAGUAGAGCAGUGGCGGCGCGACGGGCGCCUGGUGCAUGGUCUGCGACGCGGCGCCGCCUCCUUCACCGCUCGCACCGCCGUCGCCGCGCUCGACAUCACCACCAGAAUCCUGCACCUCAUACAGGCGACAGCAGAAACAGCGUUCGACAUGCUGACUCCGAGUCCGACACUAGCGCUACAAGACGCAUACAAGCGUCGCGAGCGCCGCCGCCGCCGCAGACACGACCCCGCCAGGCAUCCCACCGACAUCCGAGAGGGGGUUGCUAGUGCCUACAACACUGUUAGAGAGGGUUUCGCCGAAACAGCAGCAACAAUGGCGCUGGCAGCGCGCUGCGAGAGCGGCGUGGGUGUCCUGCGCCACCUGCCGGGCGCCGCCGUGGCUCCGCUGGCGCUGGCCGCCGCCGGCGCCGCCGACGUCCUGGGCGGCGUGAGGGCGCACCUCGCGCCGCACGCCGCUAGAGAUACUGCUGAUAAAUGGCGCGCUGACACGCAGACUUAGCGAACUAAUACAUACUCCAGAUGUUCAAAUCCUAUUUUUAUAUGAAGAUCUCUCAUCAAGCACAGGUGAUGGUUCAUUUAGGUUAAUGCAUUUGCUCAGUUUUCUUAUCAUUAUCUAACUACGUAUGUUAUUGUAUGCCGAGGCUUCAAUGUAAUCUUAUUUCUAAGGUUUCUACAUGUUUUCCCGUACAGGCUUCUACAGCGACAUGAUAGGAGCGAUGUAUAUUUAUAUAGUUCACAAUUUAUAAGAGGGUAGUUUCCAACCAGUCAAAUCAGUUACUUUUUAUUAAACGUCAAAGCACGAAAUUACUAUGGAAUUCGUAGGAAAACGCAACCUGUGACGUCAUAGAAAAAUGUGACAAAAUGUCAGACUUAUUAUUAAAUUUUUAUUUAUUAAAAUGCAUAAAUAAGUUUAAUAGAGAAAAGAAAACGUUUUUUGACACCUUUAGAUCUGUCUUUAUUUAGUAAAGAGAAAUUUAUAAUUUGUCUUUGACCUAGGAAACUACCCAAUUUACCGCCGGAAGGCCUAUAUAAAAACUUGAGGUUUCAAAAAUGGUUCGUAAUAUAACAUAACAUUAUCACCACGUUUUAACACUUAUUCCUCUCUUUUAAAAUAAUUUAAUUUAAUAUGAAUUUAGGAUAAAGCUAGUGAUAAUUAUGUAAAAUUUUUGACACCCCAAGUUUUGCCUCUUUAUAUAACCGUAACAGAUUUGUCAAUUUUUAAAGAAAAUUAUAUAUUCCUCCACAUUUUUGAGGCACACGCUUUUAGUGCGAUUUAUUAUUAAUUCAAUUUGUUUUCGCCUCUGUCUACUUAAUAAAUAAAGGAGUGUAACAUAAUAUAUACUGCUCAGUAUAAAAUGGUGCCGAUUCCAGCAGACACCAACUCAAUUUUAAUUUAUUUUGGCAGUGCUAAGACUAGCCCUAUCUCUGUCUUACACUCGUCCUAAGUGCAGGACGGCACUAUUUUUAGACCUGUCAUAUUUAAAAAAGUUUUGUCUACCAGAAUCGACAUCCAUAUGUAUAAAAUAAUUUAAUAAUACUUCAAGUGUUGUUCGAAAGUCACAAGAAACAUCCAAAUAUGUGAAAAUUUUAAUACUAUGGAUAUUUGUUGACUGAAAAUUAUGUUUAUUUACACUUUACACUGGAAGGGCACCACAAAAAAAACUUGCGUAUAUGACGAGUCCACAACUUGGAAAGCUAGAAGUUCAUAAGUACCAACAACAGCGAAAUCUUGAAGUCACAUAUCAACCUAAUCGUUUCUAGAUAAUCAAUAAUAAAAAUAUAGAAGUAAAUACCAAUAGGAAUUAAUCGUAUCAUGAAGUGUUUCUGUCAAACGUAAGCCGCCCUUAGCCAAGCUGCAAGCUAUUACGAAACACGACAGUGUAAUCGAAUAAAAUGUAUAGAAUUGACAUAAAUAUUCUUUUUUAUAGCACUCACCUGUGCUUAGGGAAACUCACAAAGAGAAAAUUAAAUCGAACAAAAUCUGACUUGGACGGAACUUGAACUCGCAGCUCUUGUCAAGCCGGGUUGAGCGUGUUAACCAUUACACCACCGGGUCCUUCUCCUGUCCAUACGAAAUUCUUUCGAUCUAUGUAUCGUCAUAUAUAUAAGUCCCGACUUGACAAGGGCUGCGAGUUCAAAUCCCGUCCGAGUCAGAAUUUUUUUCGAUUUAAUUUUCUCCUUAUAAGGUGACAUGUUAACCCCAUAAAUUUUAUUCGAUUGAACUGUCGCUUUUCGUGAUCGUUUGCAACUUGGCUAAGGUCCCUUGCGUAUCAGUAUCUUUACAAGCAUUAAUGUAAAUAACGACUAAGGUAGCUACAUAUUCCGAUUAGAAUUAAAUUGCAGUUGAAUGUUCUAAUUAUAAUAAUAUAUUCAUUUUUUGUCCUUCCGGUGUUUGGUUGUAAGACGAUGGUGCUUGAUAUAGAUAGCGUAUAGCAUUUUAGAGCAUUUAGCGGCUUAUUUGUAGGUGUAUUGAUAUCGGUGUAAAUAGUUUUAGACAUUGGAAUGUUCAUUGGGUGCCAUGACAUGACUACUCACGAGUCUGCCGGUCGUUUGUCACUAUGUAUCAACAUUCAUCCUUUUAUUUCUUUAUUAAAACAUGGGUUUCCGUUCGGCCACAACCUAACCAGCGUCCGCGGCACGAAUUAUAUCGAGGGUUUCGACCAACAGCCGUACGUUUAUCCACGUAGAUAGCAUUCGCUGCUUCUAUUGGUCAAAGCCGUUGAUAUAAUUCGCGCCGCGCGGAACCCGUACCGCCUGAGCUGAUGGUAAGUCAAAAUGUGGACUUUAAUGGUGCACACUUAUCUAGUAAAAGCUUUUACACUCUAGUUUUGAGAAAGAGUGGAUAGGCAGGGAGAAAGCAGUGGGAGUGGACUAUGCAAUCAGCCCAGCAUUAGCACUGUGUUCAGCACACAUGUAUAGUGCAACUGGCAGCUUCUCCAGACGUCCCUUAACGGCAAGGGUUGCCUGGAGGGUGGUCACCAGACACGGCCGAAGCCUGCCAUCAGUAAAUGUGUCGCGCGAUUAACUCCACCUUGGGGUCACGUGUGUGUUGGAUCUCGAAGGUAAACCUACGGACCUGAGCGACUCCAACCCCCAAGAUUAUGUAUAAAAUUGUGAUUUAUAUUAAUGAUAUAGCGAAUUUAUUUUAUUUGUGUUGUUUUAUUAUAGCUAAUAGUAGCGAACGUUUGUUUGAACGACUUACUUUUCCUAUAGUAAUAGUAAGAUUAUUCCAAUAAUUCCUGGUAGAAUCUGAUGAAUGAACAAUUACCCUUUUUGAUAUGUUAAAAUCAGCCAUGAAAUAAAUAUAUGAAAAAUGCAA